AUGUCGGCCCCGAAGCUGGACUUCUAUCAUCGCAAGGUCCGCAUAGGGAUCUCCGGCUUCGGUAGGAUUGGCCGGUUCGCCCUUCGCUACGCCCUUACUUGCCCCAACGUGGAGAUUGCCGCCAUCAACAACAGGAACAUGGAGCGUGCCUACUUCCACUACCUGUUUACCCACGAUUCUGUUCACGGCCCUCCCCAUGGCUUCACGUGCUCCCUCUCGUGCCCGUGCGGAGAGACAGAUUGUAAUUGCUCUGGAAACAACAGCGCGGACCACAACCUUAUAUGGUUCAAUGACAAGCCCGUGUACUUGUUCACUGCCGGCGUGGCCUCGGAGAUACCCUGGGAAGUGGCCAAAGUGGAUGUGGUCUUGGAGUGCACGGGGGCGUACCUUACUGUAGAGUCGUGCAUGCAGCAUAUGUCUCGACCGAAUACGACCGUGAAGAAGGUCGUGAUCUCCGCGCCGUCUAAGGAGAAGACCUGCCCCACCUUCGUCUACGGGGUCAAUCACAAAAAGAUCAACGCAGGGAACCACACAAAGUACUCCGUCAUCUCUAACGCCUCGUGCACAACAAACUGUCUUGCUCCUCUAGCAAAGGUUAUCCAUGAAAACUUCGGAAUCAAGCAGGCGCUGAUGUCCACCAUCCACGCGGUGACUGCGACUCAGCCCGUCACGGACUCCGUCAUGAAGAAGCGCGACUGGAGGAGUGGCCGAGCGUGCUUGAGUAACAUCAUCCCGGCCUCCACCGGAGCAGCGUCAGCCUUGACGCUUGUUAUUCCAGAGCUUGCAGGCCGCAUCACGGGGACGAGCUGGCGGGUUCCUGUCCAGGACGUGUCUGUCGUGGACCUCGUUGUCGAGACGGAGAAGGACACGUCUUAUGCAGAGAUAUGCGCGGCCGUCAAGCGGGCCUGUGAAACUCCAGACGAGCUCUGCGGCAUCAUGGCGUACAGAGACGACUUCUGUGUCAGUAGUGACUUUCUGACCACCACCACGAUAUCAAACUUCGACAGCAAGAGCGGCAUAGAGCUUCACAGCAGGUUCUUUAAGCUGGUGAGCUGGUAUGACAAUGAGUGCGGCUAUAGCGCUAAGCUUGUUGACAUGGCAGCAUACCUUGGGUCUUUCGUUGUGAUGGACGAGUGGGCCGCGAUAGAGAAGACGAAGGGCCGAGGGCGCACAUCUAGUGUCCUUGGGCGCGAUGUCGAGGACGUUGUCGGCUCUUCUAAGUGA